GCUAAGUGGAUUGUGCGAGAGAGCUGACGCAGCCUCCCUGCUCGAAGUGCGCUCAGCGAAAUUUGGGAUUAGCGUUCCAGUCGAGACGCGUGAAAGUUUCACCGCGUUUGUCCUGCCAGAGAAACGCUCGAGUGAAGCAUUGUUUUUGUCUGUGUUAAGGGAUCUCACAAUGUUCGCCAAACUAAUCGAACGAGCCGAGAAGUUUCUCAACGAGAGCAACUUUGUAACUAACUUGCUGGGAAAAAUCGAAGAGAAAACCGGUAUCCAGAAGCGGUACCUGGCUUUAGGUUCCGUUUCCUUCAUUGGCAUCUAUCUGGUCUUUGGCUAUGGAGCGUCUCUGCUUUGUAACCUGAUUGGAUUUGUCUACCCAGCUUAUACCUCGAUCAAGGCCAUUGAAAGCGUUAAUAAGGAUGAUGACACCCAGUGGCUGACCUAUUGGGUUGUUUACGGAAUCUUCAACGUUGCCGAGUUCUUCUCAGACAUCUUCCUCUUCUGGUUUCCAUUUUACUACGCUGGAAAGUGCAUCUUUCUGCUGUGGUGCAUGGCUCCUAUCUCCUGGAACGGCUCACAACUGAUCUACACGCGGCUUGUGCGGCCUUUCUUCCUCAAACACGAGUCCACCGUGGACAGCGUGAUCAAUGACCUGAGCGGGAGAGCAGUCAGCGCGGCGGAGAGUGUCACAAGAGAAGCCUCCAGAGCCACGGUAGACUCUCUUGUCCACAAGACCCAGUGAUCGACGGCCAUCAGCCUCCCUCCACCUCACGGUUCUGAUCUCCUCACCUGCCAGCUGAGACCAGCUACUGCUUUUCAAAGGCACUAUACAACCUAGAGAAGGAGCAGAUGAUGCAUUAUCCACUCUAGACCCAACAUUUGUAUUUAUUGCCAGCCAUUUGGGUACACUGAGCCAUACCUAAGUAAAGGACAUUUUUAAGAAUAUGUAACAAAGAUAAGUAACGCUAAUUUAAAGCUGCCAGCAACAUGUUCAGGCAAUUGCUUUCAAAGACUUCCCCACUUAAUUUAUUGUGCUCAUUUUGUGUGUGUGUUUGUGGCACUUUUA